CUGACGAUUCUUUUGGACGUGUCUGUAGAUCGUAGCCGUUUUCUGAAAGCGAACUUGACCGGAUUUUCCCGUCUGACUAACACGCAGACUAAAAAGGAGCCAAGUUCAAUAUUGUGCCAUAGUUUCUGCGAAGAGCGACGGUGAGAUUAUGAGAUUGGUAUUGUUCACCAGCGUUUGUCUUUUGCUCGCAGAAGUAGCAUGGACCGAUCAUUGUCCUGCUCGUUGUUUCUGCAACAAGGCACUGACUUCAGUCAAUUGUGAAGGGAAACAGUUCAUGACGCCACCAAAAGAUAUUCCCAAAUCCGUAGAAAAAUUGUAUCUUCAACACAAUGAAAUCGCAGACCUAGAGCAGGGUUCCUUUAGUGAGCUACCCCAGCUGCAAGAACUGUAUCUGCAAAAUAAUAAACUGUCUGUGAUCAAGCCGAUGGCAUUUUCAUGGAGUCGCUUUCCGAGUUUGAAAUUGAUCCGGCUCGACAACAAUCACAUCAGCACAUUGGAAAUGAAUGCUUUUUUCAACCUUACAACCCUCAAUAUCACAUAUCUAACAAACAAUUACAUAUCAUCUAUAAAUCCCCAGGCUUUUUAUGGAUGUUUAAGACUGACAUUCUUACAGCUGGCACAGAACGAUCUGAUGUCCAUUCCGGCUCUACAGUCACUACCAGGACUGCAACAACUCAGUUUACAAGGAAACAGUAUCACAAACGCGUCUUUCCCUGCGAGUUACGAGGAAUCAACGGCACUUGCAACCAUAGGACUUAGCGCAAAUAAGAUAGAUAAUCUGACCAGCGAGACAUUUAUGAGUCUAAAGAAUAGUUCUGUGAGGAAGCUGGAACUAUCCAGAAACAAAAUUACCGAUAUUUCCAGUGGGGCUUUCUUGCCUUUAACAAAACUUGUAUCGCUGGUUAUCAGCUUGAAUCCCUUAACGGCCACAAAAUUACAUAUUGGACUGCAGGGUCUCCGAUCGUCCGCCUUUCGUUCACUUAACAUUGCCAGACUUGAUCUUGGAGGACGAUUACCGUCAUCCACGUUUGCCCUUCUAAAUGGGACAGGUUUGAAACAGUUGCUAAUGAGUAACAACAAAAUUAAUCAACUACCCAGUCGAGCCUUUGCUACUUUGAAGAAUCUAGAGCAGAUCGACCUGCACAGCUGCGCAAUUCAGAAAGUAGACAACGAUACGUUUGCUGGCCUACUUUCUCUGACCAAUCUAAACCUUGCCGAUAACAUAAUUGAAAAGGUUCCAAUAAAUCUUCCAUCCACGCUGAGUCUACUAUAUUUGAACGGUAACAAAAUUGCAGCUCUUGGUGAAAAUGCUUUUGUGAAUUUAGCGUCUUUAAAGAAUCUUUACCUCGGAGGGAACAAAAUUUCAGAGGUGAACAGAUUUGCAUUCCGAGGUUUAGUAAGCCUACAGAAAUUACAUCUCGUCGCUAACAGUAUUAAUAGUCUAGCUGCUGAAUUGUUUACUCCAUUCGGAAUGCUAGUUUCAUUGGAACUGAACAAAAACAAUUUGAAAACAAUCCAAAAUUCUCCAGACAUAUUUUCGUACAUGACAUCUUUGCAGUAUCUUUCGCUGGCAGAUAAUGGUUGUAGUUCUAUGCCGUUGGAAUCCUUCAAACACUUGCAAUCGUUGAAAUAUUUAAUUCUAGAUGGGAAUAACCUUGGACGUCUAAUAGGGAGUGACAGAUCGGGGACUAUGUUUGCUGGACUAAACAAGUUGCAAAGACUUACCUUAUCGAAUAACUUUCUUGUUGAUAUUCCUGGUCAACUGUUUAAAGAUCUUAUUUCCCUACAGAUUCUCAACAUGAAGAACAACAGAAUAUCUGGCUGGGACAAUGUAUUAUUCAAGCACACUACCGCGAUGAAGAAUCUUGACCUCAGUUACAAUACCAUUUCCUUGGUUAAUUCGUCGUCACUUGAAGACCUCUCCAGUAAUAACAAUUUUCAAAUGCUCAAUCUCAGCAACAAUCCGUUUGCAUGUACAUGUGACCUCCGCUGGUUCAGAGAUUGGGUGAAUCAAACGAGGGUAACAGUUGCGAACGUCGAGAAGUAUAUCUGCAACAGUCCAAUCGAGUGGAAGGGAAGGCAUUUCUUGUCGUUUGAUCGGACGAAAAUAAACUGCAUAUGGUUUAAUCUGUAUUUUGUGACUGGAGUCUCUAUUGCUUCUGCGCUUGUUGUCUUGAUCAUUUGUGUUGUGAUGUACAAGAAAAGAUGGUGGAUCCUGUAUAAAUGUUACCGUCUGAAUUCUUGGUGUUGCGCAUCCCGCAACACCAAAGAAGGGUACCAGGCGAUAAAUGGUGUAAAUGGAGAUGGAUGGACCUUCGACGCCUAUAUAUCUUACGCAGAAGACGACUACAGAUGGGUUGUUAAUCACCUCCUCCCUGAUAUUGAUUCGGGUGAACUAGAUAGACCAUUCAACGGACAGUUCAGAUUAUUCUUCAGUGACCGAGACUCUGUGCCGGGGAGCAGCGUGAUUUCCAGCAUAUCUGACAAUAUGGAGAUUAGCAAAAAAGUCAUCAUUGUCCUGACCAAAAAGUAUCUGUCCAAUGCACAACACAAAUUUGAAAUUGAUCUUGCCGUGCAGUUGAAAUUCGAAGGCAUCAUCAAUGAUAUCAUAGUGGUCAAUGUAGAAGGCGUACCUUUCAUGCGAAUUCCUCAAUCACUGCAAAGGAAAGUCUCGAGAGAAGAGUUUUUGAUGUGGGAGAAUGAAGAGAAUGCAAGAAAUGUUUUUAAGGAUCAACUGAAACGAGAACUGAGUAAGGUUGUGAAGGCUACGGAAGUCGUAGUGUGAGAGCUAUUCCAUAUGACUUAAUGAUACAAAAUCGUUUUCGUUCUUGGGGAAAAUAAUUCUUAUUUCAUGUGGUAAUGAAGUUUACACGUAGUUUGUUUGUACAUUGUGUUAUGUGCCAUUCUAGAAUAGUUCACUUCUGUAGAGACGUCACCAGCUGUAGAUGAAGUGCCACAAAGUCUGACCUUUGCCUGGCGCUCAGAGCCGUAACAGGGAGGGUUCUUUAUGGUGCCAACGCCUACUUUUAUAAUGAACCUCCGUUGAAAGGUCAUAUCCGUAAGAAUGUCGGGCGCGCUUGCGCUUGAUGAAGAAACAUUCACUACCUAUGUAUUAUGUGACAUGACGCGGGGAUCGAACCCGGGCCUGCCGGUUACGCAGCGAACACCCUCACCACUAAGCUGCGACCACGUAGUAAAAGUGUGUCUAAGUCAGCGAACACCCUCACCACUAAGCUACUGCGACCACGUAGUAAAAGUGUGUCUAAGUCAGUUUUUAUAGACACGAUGUAAUCAUGAAUAUGAACAUGUAGUACAUGCAAACAUAUGUAAUCUGUAUAUCUAACGGGUAUACUGCAACGCUGAAUAAUGUAAAUAUGUAUAAAGACGGGAGUAACUUUUCCGUGUUAAGGCUAUUUGAAUACCUUUUUCGUGGUUUGUUACUUGUAUUGGCGUUAUGAUGUAAAAUGUUUCACAUUGAUCAUGUUACUUUUUUCUUCUAGGAAAAACAAUACACAAUGCUCCAUCUAUUGAAAAAACACAGGCUUUUGUUUAAUAAACUUGUAAAUAUUCCAUCAUAUACCGGUGACCAUGAAAUUUUGUCAAAUCCAUCAAUAUACUAGACAAUAAACUCGAUCACUUUCAUAAUAAAA